AUGGGCAAAUUUUUUGGUACUGGUGUUAUUUUAGCCACCGCGUUUGUACACAUGUUGCCCGAAGCACUUGAGAAUUUCGAUAGUGAUUGUCUAAGUGAUGGCUGGAAGAGUUAUGGAGCAUUUGCUGGUGUGUUUUGCAUGAUUUCUUCUUUUGCUUUGCAAUUAUUAGAAUUGGCCGCUGUUGCCAACGUUGAGCGUAUCCGCGCUAAAAAGGCAACCGAGUCCUUGUCUGCAGAUAUCGAGAAGAGACACACAAGUAACUCAUCUUUAGAUUCGAGUAUGACUGCAAAUCAAAUCACUACACUUGAAACAGAAUGUCAUGAUCACGCACACGAACAUAUCCAUAGUGCUGGUUUACUUGAAGAUGAAGAAGCAUUCAAGCAUAUUGGUACACUUAUCUUGGAACUGGGUAUUGUAAUGCACUCUAUAAUCAUUGGUAUCACUUUAUCAAACACAGGCUCGGACGAAUUUGUUACUCUUUUGAUUGCACUUGUCUUCCAUCAGUUCUUUGAAGGUGUAGCAUUAGGCACUCGUAUUAACGACAUGAACAUCAAGGGUUGGACAAAACCCUUGUUAAUGGGAACCUUGUUUAUCGUCAUGACACCUAUCGGUUGUGCUAUUGGUAUUGGUAUUCAUUCUAGUUUCAACCCCAAUUCUUCUUCUUCUAUCCUUGCCAGUGCCAUUCUGGAUUCAUUGUCUGCUGGUAUCUUGCUCUAUAAUGUUUAUAUCUCCCUUAUGAGCCAAGAAAUCAACCACAAUGCUGAUUUCCGUCGAACACCUUUUAUCCGCAAAUUUGUCUGUUUUGUUUCCAUGUAUUGUGGUGCUGGUUUAAUGGCUUUACUUGGAAAGUGGGCUUAA